GAUAAUCUACGAUUUCGACUUCAUGCAUAUAAGAUUACCUCCGAUUUGUGUUAACCAGACAUUGAAUCGCCGGCCCUUAAUAGAUAUUGCAAACCUUGAACGAUUAGCCACAAUCAGUCCACCCCAGGUGAUGUUUGUUUGAGAUGUAUGCUGAGCAAAUAUGCAUUGUUUGUACGCGAUGAGCCAUCUCAAGUGUAGAUGCUGAUAAGAAAGGGAAAUCUGAGAAUUUCUGAAGGUUUGUUUAAACAUUGUGGCAACCUUAGAAGAACUGCAUUACCGGCCAUAAUGACUUGACGUCCAAGUGCAAUUGCCACUCACACACACCAACAAGUUUUCAAAAAGGGCUGUUAUACGCACAUUGCAUUUUCAAACGGCAUUUCUACAAAAUUAUUUCUUUUGACGAAAAUUUUUUUUAACGCAAAAAUAAAACCGGAAUAUUGUAAUUAUUAUUAAGGAGCAUGUACAGAAAGCCCAUUACCACAUUAAAUGGGAAAGAAAACCAAUUGCAGGCGGUAAAGCCAUUCACGGCACCCCCACAGAAACUGCAGAAUGCGAAAAAUAUGCUUGGCGAAAAUGGGAAAGUGGGCUCGACUAUUUCUAUACCAAGACCUGUGCCAUCAUAUCGCAGCGGCACUGCAACGUCGGCUGCGCCUCCUGCAUCUAGGGCUAUCCACAUUUCAUCCACAGCUGCGACGAAUAUUCGGGUGGCGGCACAAAGCAGUACUACGCGUUCAACAACAGCACCGCUGGCAACAUCGACCGUAAAGCCCUCAACAAGCAAGCAAACGUUCUCAUCAAAUCCGAUUGCUUCAUCCACGAUAAAACCUAUCGCCACCACAUCUACCAACAAAGAAGCUGAUAAACAAGUAAAUACUGAGAAAGAAAAACGGGAUUUUAAACCAACUGCAAACUCCACAGAAGUGCCAACAAAAAAUGUAACGGAUAGUGAUCCCAAAAAUACUAAAGAUGAAUCAAAGAAGUCUGAUAAUGAAAUGACUGGUACAAAUAAAGAGAAAAAGUCAUGGUCCCUGAGCAAUUUUGACAUAGGAAGGCCUCUGGGCAGAGGCAAAUUUGGCAAUGUAUACUUAGCCCGCGAAAAAGAGUCGAAGUUCGUGGUCGCGCUGAAGGUAUUAUUUAAAAAACAAAUCCACGAAUCUAACGUCGAACAUCAAGUAAGACGCGAAAUCGAAAUACAGUCGCAUUUACGGCAUCCACAUAUUCUACGCUUAUAUGGCUAUUUCCAUGAUGAUGCACGCAUUUAUCUUAUAUUGGAGUACGCUCCCAAGGGUACACUCUUCAAAGAAUUACAAUCGCAGCCAUUGAAACGUUUUAACGAACCGACAUCGGCUGUAUACAUUCGUUCACUAGCGUCAGCUUUGCAGUACCUUCAUGAGCGCGAUGUAAUUCAUCGUGAUAUCAAACCUGAAAACUUGUUACUAGGACAUAAAGGUGACUUGAAAAUAGCCGACUUUGGUUGGUCUGUCCACGAGCCAAAUUCAAUGCGCACAACAUUAUGCGGCACACUGGAUUAUUUGCCACCCGAAAUGGUGCAAGGCAAGCCACAUACUAAAAACGUGGAUCUUUGGAGCUUGGGCGUAUUGUGCUAUGAAUUAUUAGUGGGGAACGCUCCAUUCCUUGCUACCGAUUAUGACGAGACUUACAAAAAAAUUAUUAAAGUCGAUUACAAAUUACCCGAUUUUGUUUCACGAGCGGCAGCGCACUUUAUUUCUAAGUUAUUGGUGCUCAAUCCCCAGCAACGCCUUCCUCUGGAUCAAGUAUUUCUACAUCCUUGGGUUGCAGCGCACAUAAAAUAAAUAUUACACACUUGAUUGUUCAACAUUGAUAUUUAUUGCUUUUAACAUUUUUAUUUUUAAUAUUUUACUAGCUUGAGUAAAGAAUGGCGGCCUGUUCCAAAUUGAAAACAUUAACAAAUUCGAGCUAAAAAUUUAAUUAAAAAAAA